AUGGCUUCAGCAGAUGAAGCCCUCAAAGUUGACCGCGAGAAGACAACACCGUUCCAUCUGAAGCUGUUCUACCGCCAGAACUCCUUUCAUUCACUCUCAGACUUUCCUAUCCUAUCCGCGCCAUCCACAGCUGAGAAUGGAACAGCUCCCAACCCUCCACUGCCUCCGCACCUUCAGAUAUACACCUGGCAGUCGUGCUCACUGCGGGAGCUGGCGCAUCUGCUCACCUCAACACUACCAGCUCUGCUUCCCGACCCAGCCGUAGGGACACGCUUGAGCUUCCGGCUAGUUUACCCCGACACAAGGAGCCAGCCUGGCGGUCGACCGAGCGACGCGGGAGAUGGACGCGGGAAAUAUAUCAGCAAGGAUAUAGGAAGCGUGAUUGUAAAGCCGAAGAAGGAUGAAGAUGCAGGCGAAGGGAUAACUCUUGAAGGUGACGAGGCGGAUAAGGUACUCCAUGACGUGCGGUUCGUUAUUGGAGACUACAUUGACUGUGCUAUACUGCCGCCUCUCGCUGACGGGUCCGUGGCUCCCCCAUUACCCUCUCGUGGACCGCCUACCUCCGCAAUAGGAGGGGGCAUGCGAGCGUUUGGAGGAGGGCCAUUUUCACGAGACUCUGGGUUUUCAAGGCCAAGGCAUGGGCCUGGGAGAAGUGGAGGAGUAAUGUCUGGUGCGAACCCAGCCAGCGUACCUAGCGGAGAGUGGAGGAGAGGAGAAAGGCUACCAGAUAGCAGUGGACGUGUAUACGGUAGGGGGCUACGAGACGGGGGCCGGCCUUAUUAA